AUGGCGCCAGAAGUGUACGCUUGCGCGUUGGGCUUUAUUGACGGCUAUGAUUCAAAAGUGGACUGGUGGUCAUUGGGUGUGACAUUCUACGAGAUGAUGAGAGGUCGAACUCCGUACGAGUUCAGCCAGCAUGCCACCGCUGAGCAGGUUUUGCUGCUGAUACGCGAAAGCUACGUUCCUUUUCCUGCCCACUGGCCGACUGAUCUGCUCAGUUUCCUGCGUCUUCUGCUGUAUCCAGCACCGGAACGCCGUAUCGACUCGUUGGCCACACUCAAACGGCAUCCGUACGUGGCUCGGAUCGACUUCUCUGCUGUUCUCGCCAAACGUGCUGCCCCGGUGUUCGUGCCUUGCAAAGAGGGUUUCAAUUGUGAUCCCAUGUAUGAGCUUGAGGAGAGAAUAUUGUCUCCACUCCAAUCCAUCGACGACGGCAAAAUAAGAGACGAUGCGAAGACGAGUCCGAUGCGCUCAGGGAGAUAUCACAGGUGGGUAGCGCUGGCUUUACCAGAUAAAGUGCUGGCAUUCGUCGAGUAUUCUCGUGUCGAUGCGCUCGCCAACGGCGUGCCGUCAUGUCGGUAG